UACACUUCCUACAAGUAAAUUGUUGAUUUCGUUUUCGUUUUAUGUACUUCGGCUUUAAUAAACAAUGUUUACUCAAUGAGUAUUUUAUAUUUAAUUUUAAAAAAGUAAUAAACUUACCACAAUGGAACAUAGUAAUAGAUCAAGAAGGACAGAUUUAGAUGUUGCUAGUUUUCAAAGUGGGGAACCAGGCUUUGAUAGAGCACGUAUGAGAAGACAGUCUGGAGGUUUUGUAGAUUUAGGAAAUGAAUCACAAUAUGGUACAGGUGGACAUCAAGCUUCAGGGGCCAACGAGAUAUUUGCUGACGUGCAGGGAGAUGUGCCGUGGUGGAAAUCUAAUUUUUUCAUUUCCCAGCCAGUUCUCUUUGGAACAUGGGAUGGGGUGUUUACAUCAUGUCUUAUAAAUAUUUUUGGAGUCAUUGUCUUCUUAAGGUCUGGCUGGAUGGUAGGACAAGCUGGUUUAAUUAACGCUAUAUUAAUAGUAAUUUUUACAGUUUUUGUAGCUUUGAUCUCAGUAUUGUCUGCUGUGGGAAUUUGUGAAAGAUGCAGAAUUGAAAGUGGUGGUGUGUACUUCCUAUUGGCACAUACAUUGGGAUCCAGAAUGGGUGGUGCAUUGGGAAUGAUUUAUUGUUUUGGACAAGCAGUGGGAUGUGCUUUAAAUGUGUUUGGUUUUGGUGAAUCAAUGGCAAGUCUGGUUGGUACAGAGAAUACUUGGGCAGCCCGCGGAUUUGCUGUUGCAGCAGUUCUAUUGUUAGGCACAAUCAAUGUUGCUGGGGUCAAAUGGGUUAUCAAAUUGCAAUUUGUACUGCUGCUGAUUAUUUUAGUAGCAGCAUUGGACUUUUUUGUGGGAUCAUUUACUACUGUCCCAAAUCUUGAAUUUAAAGGAUGGCUUGGUGGAACAAUAGCCAAUAACACAUGGGCAGACUACCAAGAUGGAUACACAUGGUUUAAAUGUUUUGGGGUAUUUUUCCCUACUAUAACUGGUAUACUAGCUGGUAUUAAUAUGAGUGGUGAUUUGAGAAAUCCUUCAUUAAAUAUACCUAAUGGAUCAUUAGCUGCCAUCAGUACUGGGACUUUUCUUUACCUCAUGUUUGUUAUAACAUUAGCCGCUACUGUAACAAGAGAGGCAUUGCUUACAAAUUUCUCUAUAACAGCUGACAUGUCAGCAGUGAAAAUUCUACUACUCGCUGGAUUAUAUGUCAGUUCUAUGAGUUCUUGUCUGGGUGCUAUGUAUGGAACACCAAGAGUACUUCAAAGCAUUAGUAAUGAAAAAGUCAUACCUGGUUUGGAUGCCUUAGGACAUGGGCGAGGCCCUAAUAAAGUGCCCAUUUACUCCAUGAUCGUAGUAGCAGUAGUGACCGUUACAUUCAUCAUCAUAGGAGAUAUCAAUAAACUUGCCCCAAUUGUCACUAUGCCAUUCCUGAUCACUUAUGCUAGUAUUGAUUAUUCUUACUUUGCUCUUGCUCAAACAUUUGAUUUACAACACAAACGUGAAAUGAGAUUUCAGGGUCACUCGCCUAGAGACACCCAGGUUUAUGGCGCAACUGGGAGCGAUUUGGAUUUACUGUUUCCAGAAAGAAUUCGUCAUAAAACAGUUGGCGAUUUCACACCUUCACCUACUGAUUCCGCAAUUAUGAACGGACGUACGGCAAAUGGCGAUGUGCGUCCUGCUGUAAAUGUGCAUUCAAAAAAUAAAAACUGGUAUUCCCACUUGUGUAAUAGGUGGUUAUCUCUUGCAGGUGUGGCAAUAAAAUUGCUGUUGAUGCUGUUAGUGCACUGGAUGUAUGCUCUCGGUUGUUUGCUAAUAUUGUGGCUACUGUGGCUCUACAUUGGAGCGGCCAAUCCUGCCGUCAAACCCGGUCGUGCAUCUGAAUUCCAUUUUUUCCAUUGGUUGAAGAUAUCGUUCUUGCAUGCUAUCGGGAAACGCCCAUUGGAAUAUGAGCAACUGGUCGUCACUCCAGUGCAUGCUGACGUUUCUAUGGAACAAGAAAGACUGAAUGACGAUAAUGAAGACUUCGCCUCUCGUAGACGUUACCAUCAGUCCACGUCUCUCCAGACACAUCUUGUUAGUGUUGAUAGUUAAAUAUAAAUAAACACUGUGUAUUCAAUUAGAAUUAAGUAUAUGAUGAUGACGCGCAUUAAACUAAAAUUGUGAUAAAACAUUGUGAAUUGAAAUGUAUAGGAAAUGCGUGAAAAUAAGUUACAACGAUUCAUUAGGAUUUAAAAAAAAAUGCUAAAAUAUAAUAACGCAUAUGUAUCUACUUACCCUGCUUUGCAUUCCAUUCAUGAAAGUAAACAAUUCUAUAGUAUAAAGCUGAAGAGAUUUGUUGUUUGAGCGCGUUAAACUUAGGACCUGGAUACGUGACCGCUGAGUGCGAGUAGACUAUAAACAUACCACGGGCGAAUCUGGGCCGGACCGCUAGUUGAUAAUAAUAUACGGUCUGUACCUACGACUAGAAAUAUCUAUAGAUUCUUUAUUUUACAUGAAUGGUAUGAACCUAUUUUUUUCUUGAGAUGUAUCUAAUUUCCUAUAUCUAUUUAAUUCGUAAUCGGAACUGAUUAUAUUUGUAUAAGCAAUUACUAUGAAGGGCUGUUGCCAAAUAAUUCAGUAAAUGAAUAGUUCUUUUUUCAUUCGAGUAUUGGAUAUAAGCUUUCUACGAUAUCAUGUACAAACUAUAUGUUAUAUCAUAGAAUGUUCAUUUUCAAAUCUAUGAUAUAGCAUUGGGGGUUUGUGAAUACCUCUUCAAAGGAUCGUUCCAUUGUGAUUAUCGUGUAGGUGUUUCUCUUUCUCUGUUUUCUCUCUACUGUUGAGUACUGAAAUCAAAAUGCUUAGUAAUUUUGUUUUAAUACUUAACUAGCUGCUUGCCCCAGCUCUACCCGAGUAGAUUUUUUUAUAUCAAUAAAAAAAUAACAGUUAUCCUAAUCCAAGCCUAAAUGAUAAAUCAAAUGAACCAUUUAAAUCUACACCAUAAUAUCAUUUGAAACCGUUUAUCCGUUGACUUGAGUUGUAAGUGGGUAUUCGAUUGAAUACGCACUCUUCAUGCAUUUCAUUCAAUAUCUAUAUUUUUAUAAUUGGGACGAUAAGCCAACGGUCUCGGCCGGCUCUAUUGUUAUGUAGGGCUGCACACAUGGGUACAUAUCACGGUACAAGAAUAUCGAAUAAGAAUACAUGAUUAGCUAAAAAUUAUUGAAUACUGAAAAAAAGUGGGUAAAAAAAAAAUAAAAAGACUCAAAUGACUAUGAUGCUUGAAGAAUAACUUAUUUAUAUAAAUGUGAUUGCCCGUAUAUUAACUUAGCAUGGUUUUAAUCGUAAAAAUAAAUGUUAAGAGGUGUCUUUGUGAUUUUUUCUACCGUAUCAAACUUUUAUGUUUUCAAAUGAGCGCAUUACAUUUUGAAGCAUGUACAUUUUUCUGUAUUUUUUACUUCAGUGGAUUAUAUAUUGUAACCAUUAUAAAAUACGCUCUUAGCUUAUGUAGCCUCCUUAAGACAUUUAUUGUGUUAUUCUAUUUGUGAUCUCGAGCUCUAUUCAAAUCCAACAAUGGACUGAUCACACGGCGUUAAAAAUAUUGAAACUUCACCUUUAGUUGUACUAUCCAUAUUUUAAAAUCGAUUUUAAUUAAAUACUUACCUAUUUUGCUAAUUGUAUGCAUAGUACAUAAAAGCCAUUACGUACCUACAUAGUCUGUACCAUUUUAUAUACAUAUUUAUAUACUGUGCAUAUAAAAUCUUUUUGUAAAGACUAAGGUACAAGAUGUGUGUAGGUAGGUACGUAAUGUUUAUUAUGCAUGCUAGGUAUAAACUUUACAAUGUAAUAAUUUAUUGUCUUAUAUUUUUAAUUAUUUA